GGGAACCCGCACUCCGCAGAUCGGAUUCUGUGCUUCCGUGGCAUUCGCGAGUUUCGUUUCGCGAAGUCGCGACGUUUGUAGACGAUGGCAGACAUUCACGAACGAUCGCGGCAAAUACAUCGAGGUCGCCGAGUCGCAUGUGUGUGUGGGCCCUUUUCGCUCUGCAUGUCCAUCGACGAUGAUUCGAAGAAGGACCGUCGUCUCUCUUGUUCUCUGCCAUUCCUGCCAAGGAAGUUCGGCGUUCGGGCGUGCGAGAGAUCGUGGUCCCGUUGUCCCUUUCGAAGCCUGACUUCUCUCGCUAUGAGCGGACUUCUAUUUCUGAUAAUAAUUUCAGAGAGUGCACAACUCAAAGAUUCUUUUUCCCAUCCUGAGGAAAAUGAGACUUACAGAGCUUACAGUAAUGUUACGCUCAAUUACGAGGACGAAAGUUUUGAGUCUUCGCCUCUCGUUCGAGGUUUCGCUAUUGUGCUAAAUAAUGGCAAGGCUGCAUUUCUCUAUAUGUUGCAAAAUGGCAUGAAAGCCGGCGGCAUCAAGCUAACGAAGAAUACAAAUGAUGGAUAUUAGCAGACUGCAUACAUCCCGCUUGCAAGAUGAGCGCCAUGCUGACGUCGAUUCGCACGAAGACCGCUGGCAGUCAUCCUCAUCCUGAGAGUCUCCUGCUGAACGUCUCCAGGCGUCUUCUCAUUGUACAACGUGAGCAUUCUCCAGACACUUCGGAGGUACUUUUCACGUUCGGCGUGCCGACGGUGUUAGCGUCUUACGUCGAGAACUUUUUUUCUUUAAUGGCACCUAGCUACUCCCGAUCGGGGGUAAUCCGGCCAAAAAUUUACGUCGAGAACGUUUAGACCGUCGCGCUCGAAAAGGGACAAAUCGCAUUUGACCUCUCUGUCCGUUCUGCGUGGCUCAUGGCAUGCGAGUUUGGUUACCGCUAAUUCCGUAAUCAUCAGGAUUACUGACUCUUAUUCACAUCACUUGCCAAAUUAUAUUUAAGAAUAUUUAUGUAGUAUCAUUUCUUUUGGGGCGUACGAUCCAAACGCCCCGUUAAAGAUUCUUUUUGUAGAGCCAUAGAUGAAUUUUGCUGGGUCAGCAAAGAAUUAAUUAUUUUAUUAUUUACCUCACUUAAAUAAUUUUCAAGGGUUGACGGUUUGUCUCUGCUAAAAUUAGGGAUAGAGAAAUUAUAGAGCCUAUAUAUUUGAUUGAAAGUCAUGACUGUUAAUGACUGUUAUUUACAUUCACAUUGCUUGCCAAAUUACUGAGGGUUGUUGAAGUUUGAAAA